GCCAUGUCUAAGCGUACGAGAGAAGAAGCUGAUGCUGUAGCUGAUGCUGGUGAGGUUACCAGCAAGAAGCUCAAGAAGGAUAAAAAAGAAAAGAAAGAGAAGAAGCACAAGUCCAGCGAAGAUGUGUCUGUCGCAAGUGGCACUCCAGUCGAGGCAGAGGCAGACAAAGUCGCAACAGACGAGAAGAGCGGCCUGUCAAAAGAAGAGCGCAAGGCCUUGAAGCGCGCAAGGAAAGAGGCUGCGAAAGCUGCCGAGGCAGAGCCAGUCGCAGAAACAAAUGAUAACGAUGAGGCUGCAGCCAAGGCUGCGAGAAAGGCUGCAAGAAAGGCUGCGAGGAAAGCGGAAACGGCAGCGAAUGUCGUGGCCAUAAAGAGCGAGACCAACGGGAAUGCUGCGCAGGUCGAAUGUGGUGCAAAAGUGACUGGGGUUGGGAAGAGUGAGGCAGAAAAGUACUACGCCGAGAAGAAAAUUGCCAUUGAAGACGCAAAGAAGGAAAACAUUGGCCCCAUACUAUCCUUUGACAGCUUGCCCUUCGACGACGCCUCGAAGAAGGCAUUCUUCGGGAGCUUCGAGGAGCCGUCUCCAAUCCAGGCCUCGACGUGGCCGUAUUUAUUUAAUGGCAGAGACGUGAUUGGUGUUGCAGAGACUGGAUCUGGAAAGACAUACGGAUUUGGUGUUCCGUGCAUCAAUCGCAUUUCGAAGGAAAAGAAAGUCCAGGUGUGCAUUGUGAGUCCGACAAGAGAGCUGGCACUCCAAAUUCAGGAGCAGAUGGUCAAGCUUACGACACCGCGGGGCCUCAAGGCCACAUGCGUAUAUGGUGGCACGAACAAGGACGAGCAGCGACAACAAUUAAAGGGUAGUCAGAUCAUAGUCGCAACACCCGGCAGACUCAACGACUUCAUGAACGACGGCACAAUCGACUUGUCUGGAGUUACAUAUCUGGUAUUGGACGAAGCAGACCGCAUGCUCGACAAGGGUUUUGAACAGGACAUUAGGAACAUCAUCAGCUCAGCUGCGCCAGGCGACAAGAGACAAACAGUCAUGUUCACGGCAACGUGGCCCGACUCAGUGCGAAAGCUCGCAUCCGAGUUCUUGCGCGAGCCGGUGCGAAUCAUGAUUGGCGAGAACGCAUCCGGGGAGCUUCGUGCCAACACCCGAAUCGUUCAAGAGGUAGAAGUGCUCGGCGAGCGCGAGAAGCAAGAUCGUAUGCUUGCAAUUCUCAAGCAGUACCAAUCCGGCAAGAACAAGAAUGACCGCAUUCUGGUGUUCUGCUUGUACAAGAAGGAGGCCACACGAGUCGAGGAGACGAUACGUCGACGGGGCUUCCGCGUGGCAGGCAUCCACGGUGAUCUCAAUCAGGCCAAGCGCGAGGAGAGUCUGGCAGCCUUCAAGAAGGGAGAUGUGCCAAUCUUGGUGGCGACGGAUGUCGCUGCUCGUGGUCUUGACAUUCCGGCUGUGAAGUUGGUGCUGAACGUCACUUUUCCACUGACAGUUGAAGAUUAUGUGCACAGAAUUGGAAGAACUGGACGAGCAGGACAAGACGGUCAUGCCAUUACAUUUUUUACUGACGGUCUUGAGAAGCCACUUUCAGGUGGCUUGAUCAAUGUUCUGAAAGGCGCCAACCAACCCGUGCCCGAAAGCCUCUUAAAGUUUGGAACGACAGUCAAGAAGAAGGCUCACGAUGCCUAUGGCGCGUUCUACAAGGACCCGACGGAUAUGAAAGCAGCGACCAAGAUCACAUUUGAUUGAUGUACAAAGUUUCAUUCACACAACGAGUGAAGCCCAGAUAUACGAAUCGACCCUCAUCAUACAACACUCUCCCCCAUCGUUACGAGUAUCUGUCGACCUUGAGGAUGUGAUGAGUACCGCUCAUCCCUUGCCAUAGUCUCGUCCCUCACACGAGCGCCUCGUCCGCCUCUAGUCGUGGGAGUGUCCGCACUCGUCCUGAAGCUUCGCAAUAUCUAUUGUCUGUGAUCAGCCAACAUGCUCACGGUCCAACAAGAACAAGGACAAAAAGAAAACGUACCUCCGCCGUCCUUGUAGUACUGGAUGCAGGACACGCAAUCGUUGAGAUCAUGGUGAUCCACUUGGCAAGCGCAUUGAAGGUAAUAUUUGUCACUGAAGACAUCUCCAUUGUCUAAUAAGAGAAAGUUGCAUUAGCGUCAUUGGUCUAGUCAAAAAAAAAAAGAGAAGGGUAUACAUACCUGCGGUAGCAGCACUUCCACAGUUGGUUGCUGUUGAGACCACGGAUUGGCAUUGUGGGGUUGUCAGGCACUGGUCGGGAACAUCGUCCUGGUUGAUUUCACGAGCAGCCACAAGAGCGGCGCUGAAGCAGAGAGCAGCGGCGAUGAAUUUGGUAUACAUUUUGUGCUUGUUGUUGUUGGUGUGUAGGAAGUUGUUGGUUGUUGGUUUGUUGAAGAGGUAGUUGGAUUGAGUUGGAAGGAGAUUGCUGUGUUGGUGUUCAGUUUCUUUCUCAGCGUUACAUGCAACUGUACUUAUAUAUGUCCAAUUCUUCUUCCUCCUCCCUCUUGUGAUGAAGGUUUUUCGACAUCCGGGCCUUGGCUGGUCAUCCCAUCCCAUCCCAUCCAAUCCCUACUACCUAAUAAUAAAACGGCGGUGCCAGCAGCCAGUAGCCUAGGAACGAGAGACGUCCUGUCGUCGUCGUUGUCGUCACGACGUCGUGUUGGAGGCUCGAGCCCUACCUGUCAAUUUGGCAGAAGUCCAGGUGGCAGCUGC